AUGGCCACUAAGCAGGCUUUAAUGGCAGAAGAAGGAAAGUCGGGUCAGGCCACAUUUGAAAAAAAUGGCGAGAAAGUAAUCUUCGAAUUAGAGCCGAAGAACGUCGGUUUGACGAAGGAUCAGCUCGAGAAAUACCGUAAUGACCCCUUCUGGAAACCAGUUCGGACCAUCCUGUUCGCCCUGUUCUGGCUCUCAUGGCUUGCAAUGUUCGCUGGUGCCAUUCUUAUCGUGGUGCUCUCACCAAAGUGUGCCGAAAAGCAGAAACCCGAAUGGUGGCAGACCAAGGUCUCAUAUCAGGUGAGAACACCGACGUGUCACCGUCCAGUGUUCGCUGUUACACAGCCAAGCAAUAACUCACCACUCAAGCGUUCACGUCGCAAACCACCAAUCAAUCAACUAAUCAAUCUUCGAUUCGUAGAGUUGAUCGAUGCGGAUGAACGGCCUGUUGUUCAUGGAGUUCGUGACAUUUGA